AUGACGACUGCCGCGGAAAUCGAUGCCUAUGACAUUCAGACUCACCAGUCUACCAUCGCGGUAUGGAUCCUGACUUCUUUCGCGGGUGUCUUCCUCGCAAUACGACUAUAUGUUAGGCGAAGUCGGAUCGGUGCAUUGCUAUGGGAUGAUUAUUUGCUAGCUCUUGCCUACAUCCUCUUGCUUGCUGGUGCUGCUUUGGUCAGCGUAUCAUUCGCAAGUGAUAUCGCGGUCGACGACGGGAAGAGCCAUUUCUUCUUCUACCAUCAAUUGAGCAGCAGCAUCUUGACCUUGGCAACGACCUGGAGCAAAUGCGCCUUCGCACUGACCCUGUGGCGCCUCGCCCAAAAGGUGGGAGCCAGGAUCUUUCUGGUGUUUCUGAUCAUCAGCUCCCAUCUUUUGGUGGCGGUUAGCGUACUGGGUAUUUAUAUCCCAGCUUGCGGAGAUCCUAAGACGCCGGUACGCCCUUACUACGCCGGAGGCUGCUAUAAGGAGAGCGUUGUGCGGACUCUUUUCAUCGCGCCCAUUGUUUAUGGAGGAGUCAUGGACGUGCUACUCUCUAUUUUCCCUUGGUUCAUCGUCCGAAAGCUUCAACUCAAGAGACAAGAAAAAUUAGGAGUGGCGGUCGCUAUGGGCUUGGGAAUGCUGACUGGCAUGAUCGUGAUCUUAAGAUGUUUCCUCCAAUAUAAACAACUGGUAGGACGAUUUGGUGAGUAUCAGCUCCUUCGAAGCAUCCCAACUUUCGAGCAAGAAGUCAAGACUAAUGUAGCGAUUGUGUCAUUCUAG